UCUCUCUCUUUCUCCCUGAAACUCAACUCUACCACGCUCAGGUACAUUGAAGCCAACCACUCGUAUCAAUGCCGCAAUGUUCGAAACCAUAAAAAACCGAGAUCACGUUGCCACCAUUAGGCGCAAUGUGCAAUGCCGACAUCGCCGUGCUCGGUGCGUCUCCGACCUUGGACGUGAGCAGGGAGGCGAGGUGUAAAUUCACAUACCUACAUAUAUAUAUGAGGUACCUUGUUGAAGCAGGCGCGAUAGAAGUGGCAGUCAUUGAUCAAUUUGAACCUGCCCAAUUCGACAUACCGUGACAUUACCAACACUCCGUCCUCUGCUACCUAACGCACACCUUACGCAACACGCUAUCCUCCACCACCCGGGCAUUGUUAUCCUAAGGUACCUACCUUAAGCUCAGAUCGCAACGAUCAUUCAGCCACCACAAGUCACCACUAUGCCGCUCAUCGCAAGACGAUUUUCAAUUACCAAUUUCCUCAUCGCGACCUCAGCCCUCGGAUUCCAGGUCUUCGUCUUGUAUCCAUGGCACACCAAACUUGACGAUGAUUUCUCUGCGCUCAAGAAGGAAAACGUCCGGUUGAUGCAAGCAAUUGAGCAAAGACUACCUCCGCCCAAGGAAAGGUCAAUCGUGCCUUGAAUCACUACGGAUGUAGUUGCCGACUGGGAAGCAACCUGAUGGUGGUGAUGCAGCAGAAUCGUGGGCCAUCGCUCCGCGCACUAGAGCAGGUGAUCUCUAUCGCCACAAACUCCACCAGCGAAAACGGUGGGGCCCUACUAGGAUGAGGAGUCGCGCACAGGGAUAUCAAGAUCAUGGCGGCGAAUAUGAUGAUAUCAAGGCCUGCACACACCUCAAAGCUCACAUUGAGACGUGCUUGCUAUCCUCGACGGAUUGAAUGAGCGAUCCCUUCCAAUAACAGAAAGCGGAUCACUCCCGGCGGCGUUUCACUUUUGGAAUUUACUUAUGCACUUUGCGAGUGGGACCAUUGUGCAGAUUUAACAAUGAAUUUGUUCCUUCUCGCUCCCUUGACCUCUUGAAUACCGCUCCUGGGCGCAUUUGGCUUGUGACUACCCAUAGCAUUAAUCGAUGAUGACGGCACGUUUAGCACGGAUACAACAGAACGGAAGCGCGUCGACGUAGUGGCUGAUAAAAACCUCAUCAUUCCCGUCGGUGGCAGACUCGAAUAGAAGAUUCUAUGGCAUGUCAGAAAGGUGCGAAGGUGGUCGAAUAGAGCUUGGAUGUGGCCCAUUCAUGAGCUGCUCCCAAGAUAGCACAGGGCUAUGCAACAAUGUAUUGUCAUGGUAAGUCCUGAGUAAGCUCUAUUGAGAGAUGUGAGGACAAUAUGUGGAAUGUUCACGAAGCUGCGUGGAGUAGGGUCACUAGCGCGAAAUCGCGUUGCCAUUUUAAUCCUACAUGUACCCAGAACUCACAUUUCGACAGCACCUCACACCUCAUCUUCUUCCCACCAACUGCACAAACACGCUGCUUGCAACAUGGCAGACCAGGAGCGCGCAGCCAAGCGGCAGAAGAAGAAUAUGCCGGACCUCUCGAUCGAUACGAGAAACACACAAGCCCCCAACAUGAUCGUCGACGUCUGCCCCGACGGUGACACAGUUCUGGUGGUGCAGGGCCUCGCAGGAGUAGCCAAGCCUGUCGGCAUUCGAGUAUCCUCAUCCGCCCUCAGCCUCACGAGCUCCGUCUUCCGCAAUCUCUUCGCGGCCGCGGACGGCGACGCACCUCCAACGCCAGCGCCAGAUGAGCCGCGGCUGGUACAUCUCGCAAACGACGACGGCGACGCGCUCUUCCUGCUGCUCAACAUCCUCCACCUUCGAAAUGACGCUCUGCCACCGAAAAUUCUGCCAGACCUACUCUUCCGCUUUGUCACUGUGUGCGCGCGAUACGAAUGCAUGGUAGCUGCAGGCCGCGCCGUUUCGCAGUGGCUCGAUUACAUCUACACCCGAUCGCUGAAAGCGACCAAGCUCUUUAGCCACGCCGCUGCCCCCAAUGCGCCAGCAACACCAGCGACCCCGACACCUCCCACGCCUUACUCAGCCUUUCCUCCCGUCAGCGACUCACAAAGCCUCUUCAAGAUGAUCGAAGCCACCGGUACCCUCAACGACGCCCUCUACUUCGCGCGCUUCACCGCCCACUUCGUCCUCACCCAACCACUCAUCACCGACAUCUCCAUCGCCACCUCCCCAGCUCAGCAACACCUCGCCCUCGCCAUUCAAGCCCGCCAAAGACAAGCCCUUCAAGACCUCCGAGUCGACCUCGACCUGCUCAUCGACCCUCUCGCCGAAAGUCUCGCCGAAGACUCCAAGCACUAUCACGACUGCGCCCCCGGCGACGAGCCGCCAGAACAACCAAGUGACGACAAUGAAACACCCCAAUAUUGCCCCGUGGACAAAGAAGGCGCUACCGAAUUCCUCGCUGCGCUCCGCGACGCCAACUUGUGGCCCGCAACUCGCUGGCCGACUUCCUCGCAUGUGAUUUCCGGUCCCGUCGGCACCGUCGUGCACGCGAUUGAGAAUUUCCGAGUCCCCGAUUAUGACGCGACGGAUGCGUGUUAUUGGUGUGCGCAUGUUGAGGAUCGAUUUGCUCGUUCGUUGAAUCUCAUUCGGGCCAUGCAUAAGGAUCGAUUGUGGGGUUUGUGUUUGGACUGUUACAAGGCGGGUGGCACGUUUCAAGGGGAGUGUAGGUAUGAUCAUUACAAGGUUGCGAGGGCGAAAGAGGCGGGGCAGGGGGGUGGUGGUGGUGGACAGGCGUCUGUUGGGCCUGUCAGUGUGAGUUCCACGCAGAAUAAUUAGGCCGCGGGCCUAAGCAUCCCAUCCAUCUCGGGCCCAGCUGAGUUGUACAACUUGAGCCCGAGCCCUAGAGACGUAGUGAAAAGUUCGAGCGAAAGACAUUACCAGAGGCAGUGUGUAUGCCUACCAUACUAAUUAUAUUGCUCGAUUACACAAUCAAUGCUCAGAUAGCAUGACAAGUGAUCCUGCGCCAUUGCUGUGACAGGAAAGAAGCAUUUGAACGGCGCUCCUAGUUCACCUCGUCUUCCAUCUCCACAUCAUUAGCUCCUUCCUCUUCGUCCUCGCCCGCAACAUGAUCUUCAUCCAUCAUCUCUGGCAACGAGCAUGACCUGUGCAAAGGCUCCAAAUCACCAUGCUUUCCCUCGCCAUCGUCGAGCUGCUCCUCUUCCAGGUCGCUGAGCUCACUUUCAUCGUCUGCGUCAUCAUGUACACUUCCAGGCGCGCUGAUGUCGACAGAUGUGCCGCCAGGGAGGCUGGAUCGUCUGUCCUCUUCGAUCAACGUCUGUACCGCAGUAGUGCUCUUCGGCACCACCACGGGAAAGCCAAGGCUGUUGUUGGCGGUGGCUUUGUCUUUGGUGGGAUUGGCGGCAGCCUUCAACAAGCACGCUUCGGCCGCAGUUCGGAUUUCUCGUCUGCCUACGCCAACCUUUCGACGUACCGGUGCAAGAUCAGGUUCAGCAGAAGCGGCCGCUGGAGCUGAUACAGAAGCAAGGUCCGCAGCACCAUCGACGUUCAUGAGGUGAGAGAGGCUCAUGGUAGGAUUUCGUGCAGGGCUGGUCACCGCAGGAGUAGCAUCCGCCAAGCGAUGGGCCUCCUCUUCUCUCCGUUGUCUCUCUUCCGCUUCCCAGAGCUGCUUGCCAAUCGUGCUGAACAGUUGCGCGUACGAAUCGCCAAUCAGGUCAUCAAUCGCGCCGGGCUUCAUCAGACCUUGAUUGAUCUUCUUCAGCUCCUGCACUUCGCGGAGGACAUCCAACGCUGGAGAACUGCCAGUUGGAGUUUCCUGCAUCCAACUCUCGAGAGGACCUUUUCUUGCUAUGAAUUCCUCAUGGGCGAUGUUACUGAAACAAGCGGUCUCGAGCCCUUCCGACAAGUCGGCAUGUGUGCGCAUAAGGUACAGAUAGGCAGUGCAGAUGUCCUGCCACACAUUGCCGUGCUCGAAGAGGUCAUGCGGGCGUCUCCGAACCCUCCGUGCAAGCAUUUCUAGACCAGCGCGAUCCUUUAACUGCUUGAAGAUGUUGACGAUGAAUCGCGUAUAUCGAGCAGUGUAGACAAAGUGUCGGCCAGCUCUCUCGUUCUCUGGACGCCAGACUUGUAGUACCAUUGUUUUGGUAAACAUCUGCGCGGUCAGAACUUCCUUUGCAGCCAGGGCAGAGGCGUUCGGCUCAUGUAAGUUGACUUCUUCCGAUGAUGCGUCCUCAUCGUAGACGAUCUGGGCAUGUUUGGCAAUGAUGCGGUGGUACCAAUUUGACUUGUCUGCAGUACGUAGACUUUUCAGCACAGCAAGAAGAUACGGCCUCCAGUCUGCCGGAUCCUCGGGGAAGCUUUCCUUGCGAGCGUAAUGUGAAUGCUCGAUAGCUUCCUUCAAGCUGGCGCGAUCGAGAGUCUUCUUGCGCCAAAGCUUGUCCACGAUAGAAACAAGCUUAUAGUGUGGCUCCAGCGUAGGCUCGCGCUUAGAGUCCUUGCUCUCUUUCUUGUCCUUCUCGGGCAGAAGCUCAAGUGCCUUGACGAAUGGCUCGACAACCUGAGCGGCUGUCGGCGGUGUAUCGCGACCCCUGGUACGCUCGUCGGCGUUGUGCAUCUUCCAUACACAUUUGCCAACCAUGUAAUGGAUUUGCCACUGAUCCGGGCGCCCAUUUAACGCCCUUUUGAAGAGUACACUGGCCAGCUUCCAAACGGUAUAGACGCGAACAGCUUGAUACGAGGUCGACUUAUGCACACCUGUGUGAUUGCUGAUGAAUAUGUUCUCAUCAUCAAUCGCGAAUGCCUUCAUCGAGAAGGGCUCUCGAGAUGAAGCGUACAGCCGCAAAGCAAAAUCGUGAUAUAAUUCUGUCAUCUUGUUGCAUGUCUCCUGCCCAAUAUCAGCCGAGCGAUACGCUAACGCAGUAGCCAUAGCGAAGCAGUGGAUGGCAUAUUUCUGCAGCACCACUACGUCUUGCAUGGAAUUGUUGAGCUUUUCGGCCGACCAGACCACGAUUUCUUCAAUCUUUGUGUCGUAUGCUUGAGCGAUGCGAAACCACGUCUCCCAGUGAUCCAUGGUAAAUUCGAGGUCCUGCAUGAAGAAUGCAAUGGCAAUGUCGACAUCCUCGAUCGGGGUCGGUCCGGUGCGUUUCUGAGUACGAAAUUUUGUGAGCGACAUGUGUCCCAUCAAGAAGAACCAACCUUUCGAAGCUAGAACGGCGUCUCCUUCGGGCACUUGAGUGACAGCAAGGUGGUUACCUUCUCCUUUCAGGCAAGAGAACAGGUCCAGUGGUUGAAUGUGCGACUUCAGGAACUUUUGUAUGAUCUCUCGGUUGCGAAGAAUACCCUCGCUCGGCCUCUUCCUUGAAAGUGCGCUGUGUAUCCUUUCAAUUGCAUCCUUGAGAGGAUGCUUGACCAAGUCUUUGAUUGUCAGCUUGCUUGCUUGAGCAAGAAGCAAAUCCACGGUCUGUAGAGCAACACCGCGGUCGAUGAACGCGUCUCGUAUACACUCGUGUUCAAUAAGCUCAUAAUCUGGGUUCAAGAAACACUUGAGACCGUAAAGGUCAUACAGGACUUGCGCUUGCUCGCUGUCGUAGCCCUCGACAUGCGUCAUCGAAAAGAAUUCGUCCCUGAGCAAGCGCACAAAAGUCCUGUUCAGACAUGAGCAGAUCUCGCGAAUGCCCAAGUUGCGGUGUACAACACGGAGGAACUCGAAACGGUCCUCUGUAGGACUGGGAAAGACGUCGGGAUUCUGCGACAUGGCCUCUUGUAAGAGGGCAUAAAGCAUGAUCCAUAUACGGGUUUGCGUCUCGUGCGAUAAUUUCAGAACUGAUUUGAAAGACUGGAGUGGCAUGCCAUUCUGGGCCAGUGGCAUUGAUGCCCCAGGCAGCCUAACACGCAUGGGGUCGUAUGCGACAUUGAUGACUUGCAGGAGCUGGAGCAGCUCUCCGAAAUUGCUAACAGCGAACCUGAUGUAGUCGUCAUCCAUGCAUUGCAGAGAGUCCUUCCCCUUUUGAAAGAUGUCGAACAGUCUUUUGACCCAUUCCGAUAUCAACCGAAGACUUUUGAGUAUGGUGAUGAGCCUCUCCGAGGGGUCCAGAGCGACAAUUUCGGACGUUUUGAUCUCCUCCAAAACCACUCCCACCAUGCGCAGGUAGCAACAGACGACCAUUGGAUUGUAUUCGAUCUUGACGUAUGCAUCGCGCAACCGCUGCCAAAGCAUCAGGCGCACUGAUAUUGGACUUGCUGCGAGAAAUCGGACAAGGUCAAGCGGGACAUUCGCUGGAGGAGCUUCGUCUCCAUCGGACAUGCGGUCAACACUGGGACUUCGAGUAGUGUCGAGAGAUUCUAGCAAUGGUUCCAAGCUCUCAAUCACUGCGGCAGGAUCAGAACCGUCCUGGCUAGUGACCCGCAAGAAGAAGUCUUUAGUAGUCAGCUUCGACAGCUCACGAUCCAAAGCAUCGACGGAAACUUCAGGCAUGAUUGCAUUAUUCUGAAGUUGGAUGACAGGUUCGUCAGCUGCAAUGAGCAGUCUCCUCAGAUCAUGCAUGCACUCGAUUGCAUGUUCCUGUGUCACAUCUGCCGAAGCGCUGAUGGCGAAUGUAGAAGCCCACAGAAACCGAACGCUGAGGUUGUCUUUGACAGCAGCAAAGUCGGGGGUGUUGCUCUGUAUAAUCAUCGCUUCUCUUGACAAAUCUGACCAACGUUGCAGGCGAUCACCCUGUGUAAUGAUGGUGUCUCGGCCAACACCACUAUCAGACUGUUUGAUCAGAGAGUACACAUCAAGGUGGAGCUCAAAGAUAGACUGAAUGAGCUCCGGCAUGUCAUGGGGAACUGACGCGGCAGAGGAAUCCACGUUGUUCUGACAUCGUCGGAGCUCGAGAGUCGCUCGCUCGAACAGGGUUUCGUCGAAAUUAACGAGGAUUCGCACCGCCACCAUUUUAACUGGCUCUGGCCAUUGAUAUCUCGUAUAGCUGUUUUCGUGAUCGGAGAACAUUCCCGGUCGUAGCAGAGCUUCGAUAAACAUCCAGGCAACAUCUGCUGCAUCAGACCAUGACGAGUUUACUGCGUCGAGUAAGUGCUGCAACUGUUCGUUCGGCAAAGCGUCGACUUUCGUCAGCGUUUUGGAGAUGCUACCACUGUCGAGAAUGUUUGCAGUGCUGAGAAGAUUCUGGCUUUGACUGAUGUCGAGGUUUUCACCACCGUGUAACAGCAAUUGGGCCUUUGAUUCAUUCCAUUGAUCCAUGAGGCCUUGUAUGUCAUCUCGCGCGUGACGCAGGGCGACUGUAGCAUGUUGUGGACUAUGAGGCAGCUGGUGGUCUUCCCCGUUCGUGGACUGCAUUUCCUGUCGUACAUGUCGGGAUGCAUCAAACCCGACAAUUCCAAUGCGCUCGAAGAAGUUCCCCACAGUCUCAAACAUCCAGUCAUCGGCUGCCUGGAUUUCCAGGAGCUUCUGUUCUUUUU